ACCCCGGACAAGUUCCCACUGCCACUCCACUACGAAGCAGCCAUGUCGGAGCGAGGGAGGGAGGGUCUCUGGAUGUGAAAGCGCCCAGGGUCACUACUCCUGAGCGUGUGUUUGUGUGUUUGUGUGUGCGCGUUGAGAGUGCAGGAGAGAGGGAGUGAGAAGAGGCUGCUGCCCUGCGUGUGUGUGGAUAAUAUCGCCUUCAUGGACGGCCAACGGGGCUUUUACGAGAUGGAGCACCCGGCGGAGAACCCCAGCAAGGCGGCGGAGUACCUGCAGGAGCUAAACCACAUCAUCGAGACCCAGCAGGGGCUGCUGGAGAAGCAGCGGGUCCGGAUCGAGGAGCUGGAGCUGCAGGUGACGGAUCUGUGCAAGGAGAACGCCUGUCUGAAGGAGCAGCACCAGCGGCACCUGGCCACCUGCAGGCUCCAGCAGGGGAACCACUCCGGCCUGCUGGGAGCCAUCAAGGAGAACGUGCUGCAGGAAAAAUCCAAAUGUGAAAGUUGGAGAGGUGUAAGGCGACACGCCUCAUUCCCCAUAGAAGUCUCAGAGAUCCCUCUAAACCUAAUUGCCCCUCCAUGUAGAAGAAGUUACCCCUGUCGCAAAUGGAAAUCGGCAUCUUUUGGACCGGACUCAGAGGUUCCCAGCUCCGCCAUGACCCACAGACGCCACCACCACUCUGUGGAAGGUGAUGCUCCAGGCAGCGAGGUGGGCGCCUCUGUGGACCCCAGCAGCGGCUACAGUUGCGUCCCAGUGACCCACAGCAGCGGGCUUGGCCACGACCACCUGGACAGCCAGUUCUACGGACACAUCUUGCUGCCCGGCCACCAGCGGCCCCGUCGACCCAAGCUCCAGCACUCCCAGUCCAUCCUCCGCAAGCAGGCAGAGGAGGAGGCAAUCAAGCGCUCCCGCUCGCUGACGGAGAGCUAUGAGCUCUCAUCAGACCUGCAGGACAAGCAGGUGGAGAUGCUAGAGCGUAAAUAUGGUGGGCGUUUCAUAACUCGGCAUGCAGCCCGUACCAUCCAGACAGCCUUCCGCCAGUAUCAGAUGAACAAAAACUUUGAGCGUCUUCGAAGCUCUAUGUCUGAGAACCGUAUGUCCAGACGGAUCGUCCUAUCCAAUAUGAGAAUGCAGUUUUCCUUUGAAGGACCUGAAAAAGUCCACAGCUCCUACUUUGAGGGAAAGCAGGUCUCACUAACAGACGACGGCACCAAAAUCGGUGCACUGGUGCAGUCAGAACAUGGUGGAGAGAUGGGGGUGCAGGCCAAGACUCCCACGACACAGAGUGACUUUACAGACGCUAUCACAGAACUGGAAGAUGCCUUCUCCAGACAGGUCAAAUCUCUAGCUGAGUCCAUAGAUGAUGCUCUAAACUGUCGCAGUCUGCAUGGGGAUGAGAGCCACUCGGAGCCAGGGAGAGGUCACCAGGAUAUGAACAGGGAAGUCAGCUGCCAGGGGAAACCCUCCCACAGCGCCUCAGAUCACCGCAAAUUGGAUGAGAUGACGGCUUCCUACAGUGAUGUUACCCUUUACAUCGAUGAAGAGGAACUGUCACCACCCCUGCCUCUAUCUCAGUCUGUAGACCGACCCUCCAGCACAGAAUCCGACUUGCGUCACCGCUCUCUCAACUCCUCCCAGGAUUACUGGUCUCUAGCUCAUAAAGAUGACAAAGGGGACACUGACACCAGUUGCCGCAGUACACCUUCCUUGGAAUGCCAAGAGCAGCGUUUGCGGGUAGACCACCUACCCCUACUGACCAUUGAGCCUCCCAGCGACAGCUCGGUGGAACUGAGCGAUCGCUCUGACCGCAGCUCUUUAAAGAGACAGAAUGCCUACGACCGAAGCAUCAGCAAACAGCAGAGCCCCAAAAACAUCAGCCACGGUUUGCCGCCCCGAGGGCCUACCAGAGAGGAAGACGCUUCCCGCCAUCGACCGCGACAACUGGAGGCUCACCUGGCCAUCAACGGAACUGCAAACCGUCAAAGCAAAUCAGAGUCCGAUUUCUCUGACGGGGACAACGAUAGCAUCAACAGCACGUCCAACUCCAACGACACCAUCAACUGUAGCUCUGAGUCCUCAUCCAGAGACAGCUUGAGGGAACAGACUCUCAGCAAGCAGACAUACCACAAAGAGACUCGCAACAGCUGGGACUCACCUGCUUUUAGCAAUGACAUCAUCCGUAAAAGGCACUACCGCAUUGGCCUAAACCUCUUCAACAAGAAACCAGAAAAAGGCACCCAGUAUCUGAUAGAGCGUAACUUUGUCCCAGACACUCCUGUGGGUGUGGCCCACUUCCUGCUUCAGAGGAAGGGCCUGAGUAGGCAGAUGAUUGGCGAGUUCCUGGGUAAUAGACAGAAGCAGUUCAACCGAGACGUCCUAGAUUGUGUGGUGGAUGAAAUGGACUUCUCAGCUAUGGAGCUGGACGAAGCGCUCAGGAAAUUCCAGGCUCACAUCAGAGUCCAGGGAGAAGCGCAGAAGGUCGAGCGGCUGAUCGAGGCCUACAGCCAGCGCUACUGUAUCUGCAACCCUGGUGUGGUGCGACAGUUCAGGAACCCCGACACCAUCUUCAUCCUGGCCUUCGCCAUCAUCCUCCUCAACACGGACAUGUACAGCCCCAACGUCAAGCCUGAGAGGAAGAUGAAGCUGGAGGACUUUGUUAAAAACCUUAGAGGAGUGGAUGACGGGGAGGACAUCCCCCGAGAGAUGCUGGUAGGAAUAUACGAGCGGAUUCGCAAGCGGGAGCUCAAGACUAAUGAAGACCAUGUGUCUCAGGUUCAAAAAGUGGAAAAACUCAUUGUAGGGAAAAAGCCGAUUGGCUCUUUACAUCAUGGUUUGGGCUGUGUGCUAUCCCUACCCCACCGGAGGCUGGUGUGUUACUGCCGACUUUUCGAAGUGCCCGACCCCAACAAACCACAAAAGUUGGGCCUGCACCAAAGGGAGAUCUUCCUCUUUAAUGAUCUCCUAGUGGUGACUAAAAUCUUCCAGAAGAAGAAGAACUCUGUGACGUACAGCUUCCGGCAGUCUUUCUCCCUUUAUGGCAUGCAGGUGCAGCUCUUUGAGAACCAGUAUUAUCCUAAUGGAGUUCGCCUGACCUCGGCCGUUCCCGGAGCUGACAUCAAAGUCCUCAUCAACUUCAACGCACCCAAUCCUCAGGACCGCAAAAAGUUUACCGACGAUGUGCGAGAAUCCAUUGCUGAAGUCCAAGAGAUGGAGAAGUAUCGGAUAGAAUCUGAGCUUGAAAAACAGAAGGGUGUGGUGAGGCCAAGCCUGUCCGGGAGUUCGGGGUUGAAGAAGGAAACAGGAAACGGCAACCUGAGUCGAGUGAGCCUCGACGACAGCUACGCCACCGGUGAAGGCCUGAAGAGGAGCGCCCUCAGCAGCUCCCUGCGUGACCUCUCCGAUGCAGGCAAGCGUGGGAGACGCAGCAGUGCAGGAUCACUAGACAGCACUAUGGAAGGGUCCAUCAUUAGCAGCCCUCACAUGCGGCGGAGAGCCCCCUCCAGCCGGGACUGCCCGUCUCGCCACAGCGGCCAGUCGCUGCCCAACUCCUCCUCUCUGCUGGGGUCUUUGUUUGGCACCAGGCGCGUGAAGUCGCCCAGCCCCACCCCCCAGCCCCUGCACCCCACCCUCAUCUCCCACACCCCGCACCCCACCAACCUGCACCACACGGCCCGCGUCGAGGCCGACCCGCCGGGGGGCCCGCUGCACCCGCACCACGCCCAGUUCUGCCACAUCACCCAGAACCCCCCGCCUUACCAUCACCACCACCACUACCACCCGCCGGCCCACCUGCAGCACCCGCCGCACCAGUUCCAGCCGGCCCCGUCUCACGGCCAGCAGCAGCCGUCGUACCCGCCUCACGCGCAGCACGGCCACGGGAGCCACCCGGCACACCCCACCCACCCUGCCCACCCUGCCCACGGCCCCCACCAUCACGGCCCACCCCCGGCGCCCUCCCAGGCCCCCAGCAGCACCAAGCCCAAGCACAGCGGCAUCAGUACAGUUGUGUGAGGCGCAGGGGGGCGGGGCCUCACUCUGGGCUCUCGGAACUGAACUUUAAUUUGUCCUCCAAGGCUCUGGGCUGAUGAGACGGUUCUCACUGUGCAUCACUGGUCUGGGGACGUAAAGCCAGACGACAUCCUGCGACUCCUUCAGCAUAUUUUCGUCACGCUCAUCACUGGGACAGUUUCUUCGUCCCAUUUGUUUUGUCUUAUUCCUUCGGUUUCAUUUCAAGUGAAUCACGUCUGUCUGUUUCGACAGCAGCAGACAACAACGCAAGAGCAUGCACAAAGACCACAAGUCCUUUUCCAUCACAAUUAAUCUCAGAACAUAGAUCAAAUAUCUCACUUACUAGUAUUUUACACAAGAAGUAAAUAUCGUCUACAGAGUGAUUUUAUCUCUCUUGUCAGGGUGGUGUGGCUGAACACAGACAGACAGACAGACAGACAGACAGACAG